AUUCAGGCAAACAAAGACAGUCCCGGGGUCCUUGAGUCCUGCCUGACGCCAUCGAGCCUCUCUCGGUACUCCGUGGAGAAAACGUGGGGCUACCUCGUUUACUGUCUGCUGUGGAUUUUUCAUCAAAAUAAGAUCAAGAUAACUGGACCACCUGAGACCCACUCAGCUUGGCAAGGAUGGAGUACAUGCAGGCUCCUGCCUCGAGCAGCCAGGGGAACAUCCUCUGCUGUACCUGUGGUGUCCCCAUUCCUCCUAACCCAGCCAACAUGUGUGUGGCCUGCCUGCGCACUCAGGUAGACAUCUCAGAGGGAAUCCCCAAGCAAGUCACGGUGCAUUUCUGCAAGCAGUGUGAACGGUACUUGCAGCCUCCAGCGACCUGGGUACAGUGUGCUCUGGAGUCCAGGGAGCUGCUUGCUCUUUGCUUGAAAAAACUAAAGAGCUCUAUGUCUAAAGUGCGACUUAUCGAUGCUGGUUUCCUGUGGACAGAGCCGCACUCCAAAAGGAUUAAGAUGAAACUGACCAUCCAGAAAGAGGUGAUGAAUGGCGCCAUCCUACAACAGGUGUUUGUGGUCGAGUUUGUCAUCCAGUCCCAGAUGUGUGACGACUGCCACCGUGUGGAGGCCAAAGACUUUUGGAAGGCUGUCGUUCAAGUUCGUCAGAAGACUGUACACAAAAAGACUUUCUACUAUUUGGAGCAGCUGAUCCUGAAGCAUAAACUCCACCAGAAUACCCUCAACAUUAAAGAAAUACAUGAGGGCAUCGAUUUCUACUACGGCUCCAAGCAGCACGCUCAGAAGAUGGUGGACUUCUUGCAGUGCACCGUGCCCUGCAGGUCAAAGGCAUCUCAGCGCCUCAUCUCUCACGACAUCCACUCAAACACAUACAACUACAAGAGCACCUUCUCCGUGGAGAUCGUACCGGUCUGCAAGGACAACGUCGUGUGCCUUUCACCUCGACUGGCGCAGAGCCUGGGGAACAUGGGUCAAGUCUGCGUGUGCAUCCGUGUCACCAGCACCAUCCAUCUGAUCGACCCCCGCACCCUGCAGAUUGCUGAGGUGGACGGGAACACAUACUGGCGUAACCCCUUCAACGGUCUCUUCAACCCGAAACAGCUGGAGGAGUUCAUAGUCAUGGACAUUGACAUCAUCAGAGACCAGAAGCUGGGUGCUGGAGCUGGCAUGAGGUCCAACAAGCACACCCUGGCUGAGGUGUGGGUUCAGAAAACAUCAGAGAUGAAUACCAGUCAGCAGUAUCACUGCCGUACAUUCCUGGGCCACCUUCUCAAUAUUGGAGACCUGGUGCUGGGGUUUGACUUUGCCAAUUCCAACAUCAAUGAUGAGUACCUUAAUAAGAUGAACCCUCACCAUGUUCCUGAUGUGGUGCUGAUCAAGAAGAGCUACGACCGCAGCCGGAGGGUGAAGCGCAGGAACUGGAAACUGCAGGAGAUGGCCAGAGACCGUGAAGGCAUGGACACGGAUGAUGAGAGGCAAUAUCAGGACUUCCUGGAGGACCUGGAGGAAGAUGAGGCACUGAGGAAGAACGUCAAUAUCUUCAGAGAUGCGUCAAAGAUCCCGGUGGAGAGCGACACUGAUGAUGACGGAGCACCAUGCGUUUCCCUGGCGGAGAUGCUAGAGGAGCUGAGUCUAACGGAUGCCACAGGAGGAGAGGGUGCCGACAUGAUGACGGACUAACCAGUCGGCGUUCUGACAUUGUGACGCCGACAGCCGAUUUAUCAAAUAAAGGCCCGUUUGCAAUACAACGGUGCAACUGCACACCGGAUUUAGAACUGUCUGCAAAUUGGGGACUGAUUCAGACACGAACAGAUGAUAUGUAGGAGCAAACAAAUCCAGUGGUUUAAUGGUUUAUCAUGGUUAAAACGUACCAACUGUGAGUCAUAAUGGCGCACAGUCAUAUGAAACAUAUGAUAAUUUAUCUCCACGCUCUCUCAGUGGAUUUUUAUCCAAACUGGGUCUUCAGAUUCACAUUUUCCUGUGUUUAUAUGAUCCUCUUUGUCAUAUCAGAAUAAUAUGAAAAUGAAGCGGUUGCAGCUUCUUUAUCUAAAUAAAUCCUUACCCACAUAUUUUCUGCUGGUUU